AAAAAGUUAUUAAAACAAUAGAGAUGAGAAGAAUGUUCCUUCAACAGUAUAAAAUUACAAUUGGAACAAACGAAUAAGUACCAAGACGAAAAAACUUCCGCAUGUGUUGUUGUCAAGUUUUAUUUAUAUGAAAAUCCAAAGAAUGGAAAUUUUCAUCGCUGAGAUAUCUGCCUUCUUGUCUUGAUCAAAUCUAUCUGGCAUCGUGGUGUGGUGUACACCAAUUCUUAUCAGUAGUAGUACUAAGGCGACCAUGUCAGUCGGGAGACACACAGACGGUAAGUGAUGUGUAGAAACAAUAGUCUACACCAUUGUUGGUAGCUGCAUGAUGAUGGAAAGAGAAUCUAGGAAAAGGCUUUUUAUAGUCGAGUCAAGCCGAGUCAAAUUCCCACUGCAGGGUUGUAUAGUGUAGUAAAUUGUCGCAGCAAGUCUUUCAUCAACCCUUUUUCUCGUCUUUAGAAACGCCGAUAUCUUCAAUGCCGUAACAUUCUUCCACCCAUUACUAAUAUUCUCGAAAGUUGCUGGGUUGCACUUGUUCAGCUUCUUCUUAACCAAGAUUCUUUUUUGUUUACUUACAUAGCGUGCAGCAUUUUGGUAUUCUAGUUUACCAUAAUUAGAGCCAUUUUCAUGAGUUACGAACCAGUGCACUAUCCCGUGGAGCUUCUGUUGCUUGAUUUGGAAGAUAACUAUUGUCACUUGUGAUGUCAUUAUCAGUCGCACUUUUCUAUCUUACUUUAGUUUUUAUUAGAGGCAAGCGAAGAUAAGCUUCCCAAUCAUCUUCAUCAUAGAUACUGCUUAUCUUUUGCUUAUCGCGAUUAACCUCGACCACGUAUAUGAUACGUGAUAUAAACAGCGGAUACAGGACGCAUGGUUACAGGGGUCUUCUGUUUCUUGCAACGGUUUGAACCGUAUUUUGUAAAUACAUUUUUAGGUAUUGCUUUAGAGUUUAUUAUUUGAUUUUCAAUAGUUUGUACCACAUCGCUAUUGUGCUGAUACAAAACGUCUCCUUGAUAUAUACAUAUAUAUAUAUUUACUAUACUGAGUUGGUACUUUGGAAGCGUAGAAAGAAUCAACAGUGCAUUGUGUAUUUGAUUCGAAAUUAUAUUCAUUGAAUUCUUUUCGCCUUUUUUUUUCUAAUUAUUUUCGUUGAUUUUACAACUCCUAAUUUCAUUGAUUUGCAAAAAUGUCUGCAACGACAAGUGCCACACCUACCCCAAGCGGUGUCAACGGUGGAGACUCUAGGACAGUCGACUUGAACCAAUUCUACAAUGGCGGUGAUAUCUCUUGGAUCCUCGCUAGUACAGCGCUUGUGUUUAUCAUGAUUCCCGGUGUAGGGUUCUUUUACUCUGGUUUGGCCCGUCGUAAAAGUGCCAUCUCGAUGCUCUUCCUUUCCAUGAUGUCGGUCGCCGUUGUGGCAUUUCAAUGGUUCUUUUGGGGAUAUUCACUCACUUUUUCACACAACGGUGGUCCUUAUAUAGGAUCUUUGGCUAACUUUGGUCUGCGCCAAACUCUCGGUAGACCCUCUAGCGUCGCCUCUGGACUUCCCGAUAUCUUGUUUUGCGUCUUUCAAGGCAUGUUUGCUGCCAUCACUCCUGCUUUGGCUAUCGGUGCCGCUGCCGACCGUGGUAGAAUGUUGCCUUGUCUCGUGUUUGUUUUUCUCUGGAGCACAAUCGUUUACGACCCAAUCGCUUUUUGGACCUGGAAUCCAAAGGGUUGGCUCAGUACUUUAGGCUCUUACGAUUUUGCUGGUGGUUCUCCUGUUCACAUCGCUUCUGGUAUGACGGCUCUCGCCUAUUCUAUCGUGGUUGGCAAGAGACACGAUCAUGGCACUGUCCAAUACCGCCCUCAUAACGUUCCUCAUGUUGUCUUGGGUACUGUUCUGCUUUGGUUUGGUUGGUUUGGGUUCAAUGGUGGUUCCGCUGGUUCUGCCAAUAUUAGAGCCGUUAUGGCUUGCGUGGUUACUCACAUCGCUGCUUCCGUGGGUGGCAUCAUUUGGUGUUUAUGGGAUUACAUCCGGACACGUCACUGGUCUGCCGUGGGUUUUUGCUGUGGUGCUGUUGCUGGUUUGGUCGCUAUUACUCCGGGAUCUGGUUUCGUACCACCUUGGGCUGCUGUGGUCAUUGGAGGUGUCGGCGCCUCUGCCUGCUAUGGUGCUACUUACUUGAAGCGAAUCAUCCGUGUAGAUGAUGCAUUAGAUAUUUUUGCAGAACACGGUAUUGGUGGUAUGGUUGGUAACAUCCUAACAGCUCUUUUUUCCGCUGACUACAUCCAAUCCUUAGACGGAUCUACUGGAAACAAGGGUGGUUGGUUGUCCCACCAUUAUAUUCAGCUUGGCUACCAAUUAGCCGAUACCGUUUCUUGUGCAGCCUAUUCUUUUGUCGUUUCUUGUGCCUUGUUAUAUAUCAUGAAUUACAUUCCUGGACUUUCCCUCCGUGUUUCUCGCGAUGAUGAAGUUUUGGGCUUAGAUACUGUGGAAAUCGGUGAAACGUCGUACAAAUUUUCUGAGGAACAUCCGGCUUUGUCGCAUGGUAUUGAAGUCAAUACUCACCAAGAUAGUACCGAAUCCACGAAGGAGAGAACUCGCCAAGAAGAAAAAGAUAUGAGUUCUCGCGAACCUUCAGACGUCGUGUAAGAGCUGUAUACUUAAUUUUUGUUACUCACGUUAAAUUUGUCCCUGAUGCUGUUACGUUUUUUGUCUGGAAACGAAACAAUCAGCAAAAGUCAUCUUUCAAUUCGCCUUUGGAAAGAUUUUUAAAAACAGAAAUUCCUAUUUCUAUACCAUCCUAUCUUCUUGAUAGGUUGAGAAUUCCCUUUUAAUGUUUCAUAUCCUUGAUAUUUGUAUCCUAUUUGAAGAGUUGGUGUCCUAAAGACUGGCUUUUCGUAAGUCUGUUCUUAGUCAACAUAUGCGUUCUUUAAUACCCAACUAUAUAUUACUGGGAACGUUUUCAUUUGUUGUUUUUUGUUUAGAUAUAAUCCUAAUUUGAUUCGUUUACGUUAUUCUUCGUCUGUAAAAAAUGUUGUUCUUCU